UAGUGUGUUUACCAGACUGUAACGCACGCCGCGCAGUUUGACUGUGUUUAGGUUGUGUGUUUGCGAGUGUGUAAGGGCUUCUUUUUCCAAGUUAAUCCCUGAAGAAGAGGUGUGGUUCUGUUUCUGUUUCUGCACCGCCUCUCCUCUCUGAGCGCAGUAUCCUCACACACUCCUCUCCUCCUCUUCAUCUUCCUCUGUCGUCUUUACUCUUCUCUGCAUCUGCUGUCGCUCCUGUGUGGCAUGAGUUCUUGUGGGGAGAUGGGGGAGGCCAUUGAGCUCAGUACCAGGGAGCACGUGACCCCGGAGAUGAACAAGCUGCGACAGAGCCUCCGGAGGAAGAAGCCCACCUACGUGCCCGAGGCCAGCAGACCCCAUCAGUGGCAGGCGGACGAGGAGGCGGUGCGAAAGGGGAAAUGUAACUUCCCCGUCAGAUACCUGGGGUUGGUCGAGGUGGAGGAGUCGAGAGGGAUGCACGUAUGCGAGGAGGCGGUGAAGAAACUAAAAGUUAGCGGCAAAAAGACGGUCAAGGCAGUAUUGUGGGUUUCGGCAGAUGGACUCAGGGUGGUGGAUGACAAAACUAAGGACCUCAUCGUGGAUCAGACCAUAGAGAAGGUUUCGUUCUGCGCCCCCGAUCGUAAUUAUGACAAGGCUUUCUCCUACAUCUGCAGAGACGGCACCACCCGGCGCUGGAUGUGCCACUGCUUCAUGGCUCUCAAAGACUCGGGGGAAAGACUGAGCCAUGCGGUCGGCUGUGCCUUCGCCGCCUGUCUGGAGAGGAAGCAGCGGCGGGAGAAGGAGUGCGGCGUCACGGCCUCCUUCGACGCCAGCCGCACAUCGUUCGUCCGCGAGGGAUCCUUCCGCUCAAACCCGACCUGCCAGCAGAGCAGCAGCAGCGACAGAGAGGACAAGCUGCAGGACAAGAGGAAAGAACAACCCUCUGCCAUGCCGGCCCCCCCCCCUGGCUCCGCCUCCCCUCCCGAGGGCGAGGAGUACCCCAUGGACCGGUCAGAGCCCGGCGGGCCUCGCGCCAUCCCUCGCCGCCACGCGCCCAUCGAGCAGCUGGUGCGUCAGGGAUCGUUCCGGGGGUUUCCGGCCCUCAGCCAGAAGAACUCCCCGUUCAAACGGCAGCUGUCGCUCCGCCUCAACGACCUGCCGUCGACGCUGCAGCGCAAGACCGACUACCAGGACAAGAACCCCGACAUGGACAUGGGGAUGCAGGAUGAGGACGACGGGACCAUCAACGCCCUGUGCAGCCAGAUCAACAACUCCUUCUCCAAUCCGGCCGAGGAGAUCUUCCACAACCCCUCCUUCUCUUCAAACGGCCCUCCAGCCUGCACUGUGCCCCCUGCCCUGCCCCCACCACCGGGAUCCCUGCAGGGUAAUCCUUCCUGGGGGCAGCCGGAGCCGCCGCUCCACUCUCCUCCCCCGGUGUCUGUGGCGAUGCAGAUGCACUGCGGACACCGGCGCACCCCCUCCGAGGCCGAGCGGUGGCUGGAGGAAGUCUCUAAGGCUGUGAAGGCUCAACAGACACCUCCUCCUGGCCCCGCCAUCCCCAUCAUCCCUGGACCCCCUUCCAUGUCCAGUCAGGUGGCCAUAAUCGCUUCCGCUGUGUCCACUAUCCCCAUGUCCCUCGGCACCAUGUCCAAACCUCUGCUCUCGGGCCCCCCUUCUCUCUUAGCUCAGGCACCAAUGCCUCUCCCACCCAUGUCAUUAUCAUCAGUCCCUCUAAUACCCGGCCCUCCGGUGUCCGGGCCCCCUAUGUCCCUCCCUUCCAUGUCCAUUCCCACCAUGUCCGGUCCGAGCAUGUCUGGCGCCUCCAUGCUCCAGCCCUCCCUCCCGGGGCUCCCAGGCUCCCUACCAAGCUCCAUGCAGCCCUUCCCCUUGGCGUUCGACACCACCCCCGCUCCGGUGGGAAUGUUCGGCAGCCAGCCGGUCCAGCCGGCCUUUGUGCCCAUGCAGACGUACAUGCCCGGCCUGGCCAGCAGUAUGACAUAUCCCAGCGCCAGCGUGCCAGUGGUGGGCAUCACUCCGUCGCAAAUGGUGGCGAAUGUCUUCUGCACCGCUGCAGGCUCAUCCAGUGGGGGUGUAUCGAUGGGAUCAGGAGUAGGAGGACCCAAAGUGGGGACACUGGGAAUGGCCGGGGGGCACCAUUCCUACCCCGGACUACCUGGGUUCUCCACACCACCUUUCUCUCCCACUCCGCCGUUAUCGACAGCCAUUAACGGGGUCCCGCCGCACAGCAGCGCCUCCAUGGCCCUCCAGAACGGGACGUCCAACAGCGGGAGCAGCUGGCCUCCAGAGGGCAGCCAGCUGACGGCUCCAGCACCCCAAGAAGAUGAUCGAUUCGAGGCCAAGUGGGCGGCACUGGAGGCCAAACCUCCGGGGAACAAAUCACCUGCUGCAGCGGCAAACCCCUUCUCCAACAAUCUUCAGAAGACUUUUGAGAUCGAGCUUUAAGCAAGAGUGAACGUCCCAAAGCUGUAGACCUGGAGGUAAAACGGGAUACAGGUCUUAAAGUUAGCCUAGCAUCCGAUCUGCCCCGCAACCUGCUCAAAGCUCUCAUAGGAGUUAAUGAUAUAAUGAUCUUAAUUGCUUUCUUGACACCCCCAUGAGAGCUUUGAAGACAUUUUGCUGGGCUGCGAUUCGGACUUGACGGACUGAAGGCUCCGCUCCACCCGCUAACCACCUCCCUGCUUUCACCGCGCUACUCUGACUUUACUUUAUUGCUGCAAGUCCCCCUGGAUGUACUGUAUGUGCCCCCCCCCCCUUCCGUUAUAGAGGGGCACAAACUCAGUGGUUUCUUUCUUUAAAAAGUGGGACUCAGAUGCAUUCCAAACUCGUGAGAUAUAUUUUCUUUCUGGUGGAGAUUUUGGUUCAAGACAAAAAGAUGUGCAGAGAAAAGGAUUAGCCAAUGAAGUAAGACCCCACCCUUCCAGCCCCCAAAGGACUUACUGACUAAUAGUAGAGAUUUAUGGCCAAAUUAUUUUAUUUAUUGUACUUCAUUUUUACUUUAACAAGUUAUAUAUACUUAAAAAAUCAAAUUCUUAAUGCAGUGUUUCAGAACUGCGCUUUUUUCUUUCUUCUUUUCAUCCCAAUAUAUUUAUUUUACCCGAGAGGAGGGAGACUACAGGUAGCUUAAAAUGCGUGCAAAGCAUUGUGGGAGUCAUGUGAACCAAAUAGGAUGAAGCAGCGUGUAGUGAGAAAGUGAGUGUAUAUAGCGGCAUGUUUCUUCCACGUAUCUCCGCUCCACUGAGGCCCGAUAAGUCAUUUUGACUUGAGCCUUCCCUCAAGGGUCGCUGGGGCAUGAAGAACAACUUCAGGAUCACACACACACACACACACACACAUACACACACACACACACACACACACACACACACACACACACACACACACACACACACACACACACACACACACACACACACACACACACACACUCUGGACAAUACAGCACAACAGACCUUUGGACUUCAUCUUCUCCACAAAAGCCAGAGGAACUUUAACAUCUCAGUGGAAACACUAAACAACACUGUGCAACAAAAAAACAAAAACGAUGCACUACUUUACAGCGUUCAUAAUCCUUUUUAUAUGUUACAAACACAGGGUAUAGUCUCAUCACGUACAAUAUGAUUGUGUAUUCACCUCUACUGCGUUACUGUUGCAUUAGUAUUGCACUCAUUACAGAGUUUGGGAUGGAUGAUGAGAAGAGGAACAUGAGCCGAGGCUUGGGAAAUGAAAGGUGCUUCAGAUGUGGGAUUACUAAAGACAUUUGAUUGAGGGAAUAACAGUAAGAAGAAAUCACUAGAGGAAUAAAAAGGAAGGCGAACCUGUAUGUGAACGAUUGAAGGAGAGAAUGGAGUCAUAACGUCUGAAAAAAAUGAGAUGGGGGAAGUCUGAAGAAAAGAAAAUGGGAUAAGAUAUAAAAGAGUGAGAAAGAGUGUGUGAAAAUAUUGAGAACAAAGACACAUUCAUCACAACCCACGCACAGUCUGCUGCAUCCUUCAGUCUGAAAGCCAAGUCCAUGUUCCUCAGCUCUUAAAAACCUCACAAAUUUGAUCAUAUUUAAAAAGAUCUUGCUUAUUAAAUUAAUUACAGCCUCACGGUCAAAUUUCCAACCCUAUCAACAGAGCUUUCUGUGUUUCAACUUGUCGAAGAACACAUUACGAAGCAGGAACUUUAUUUAUAGAAGCAGGUGGUUUCUGUUUGUCCUGUAGAAACUGAACAGAGAUGCUCCUGUUUUUGUUCCUCGGGAAUGUAAUUGUGUGGAUAUGGACCGUCGCUGAUUGAGUUUCCUGCUCAUUAACUCGUCACACUUUAAUUCGAUUAUUCCGUCUCUUCCUGUGGUUGCGAUACUGUCUGCUAAGCUGCCUCUUUUUCAGACACUUAAUGUAACCUUGGAAUGAAUCAUACCAUGCCCUGCCUUCAUUUCCGGAUAAAACCAUAUUGUUUCCCCAGCAAAAGAAACCAAAACCAAACUCCUUUCUACCCUCCUCUCUCCUCCAAGACCUGACUCAUGAAAUCAAUGCUUUUAUUUUAAUUUAAAUAUAUAUUUUAGACUCUCGUUUGCCCGCCCUUCCAAAUUAUAAAUGUAGGUUAAUUGUGUUCCGCGUUAAAGCAAACUAAACGACCUCAUAAACUUGAUUGUAAAACCAUAGUUUAGUGAUGGUGUAACAAAGCAAACCAGUGGGAUUUAUUUUUAAUCUUUAUUUACAGAUUUUUUGUAUUUAAACCUACAUAUUUGUAUUGUAAUUACAUUGUACAAAAGAUAAAUAAAAGUAAUAUAAUAUUA